UCUGGCUAGUAACCAAACAUCAAAAAAACUUUUAAAUUUCCCUCUGUAGACGAUCUAACACAACCUUACAGACCCCCGGAAAUCGUGCUGUCUAAGCACUGACUUAUAGAGAUAACCACCAGAGUGUAGUGGGUUUGAUUACGACCAUUUGUUUGCCGGUUGACCAUGCCACUUCAGGGAACUUGCAGCCAUUUUUAAUGCGAAGAGGAGCCUUAAUUACUUCCAAAAACAUUAUUAUUCGUAUUUAUGAAGUCCAACUUAUUUAAAAUUCAUUUCUUUUGAUCUCUGAGCUGCCUGAGAAUUCCACAGUAUGUUGUCAGUGAAUUUCGUUCAAACUGCAGUUGGAGUACUUGGCUUCACACAGAUUGCAAACGGACUCUUUCAUAAAUAAUGACACUUUUUUUUUAUUUUGUGUUCAUAAAAUUGUUUUUCCGAACUAAAAUGUGUCUUAGAGCCAACCUUGCGUCGGUCUGAAUUAUUCGGGUUUUUUGUGUUUCUAUCACCAUUAUAGCUAGCCGUCUUUUUAACUGAUUUUAAGAAUAGCCUUUUGACCAAUUAUUUUUGUCUUUGAAAACGACCUAUUUGAAGCAAAAAAAGGGGAAAAACAGUAGAACGUCUAAUAAUUUGCAAAGAAAUUGAAUUUGCAUAAUUUCUGCUUGUAAGCCGCAAGUUAUUUCCUGAUUUACUAAUCCAUACCAAGCUUUUACCCUCUUCUUGCCCGACUUUCAAAACAAAAUCAAGAAAUUACACGAUGACCUCACGAAUUGACCUGAUGAAAUUUGUGCAGCUUCUGCUACUUUUGGAGAUUUUGUUGGCGUGCGUGGCAAAGAGUGUUUCUGGGGGAACAUGUGAGAAGCUGGUAGACAACACGGCCAACUCGACCUGCUAUGACAAGGAUCUAAGACCUUUAUUUGGAGCAGCUGCAGACUUCAUUGGCUUUGGCAUUCACGUCUAUCAAAUUGGGCCAAUUUCCGAAUCUUCGAUGAGUAUGAGUUCGGACCUGUACGUUCGUGCAUUCUGGAACGACCAUCGCCUCACAGCUAUGGCUAAGAGGCUGAGUAGUAACGAAUCUGCAGACGCCACUGUCAUCGUCAAGGGACACUACGCGGCCGCCAUCUGGAGACCAAACAUAUACUUCGUAGACGCCGUCGAGGAGGACACACCAUCGGAGGUGUCGCAGAGCAAGAUCACUCUUUUGAAGACGAAUGGGGAUGUGUUGUCUUCCACCCGCAUCCUCAUCAAGACCAGAUGUCCCCUCCAGCUGGGCAUGUUCCCUCUCGACACCCAAGAGUGCCCCAUAUGCUUCUCCAGCUACAUGUACAAUGACGCGGAACAGCAGGUCUACUGGCUGGAUGACAAUGUGGAGAUGGACGACACUCUCUCCUCCACAGCCACUUUCUUCAUAGACCCACAGCUCAAACACGACACCAAAGUCAACAGCUGGAGCGAAGAGUCCGAUCACAGAGGGGCCAAUACGACAGUGCGCUACACUACCCUGUGUAUGCGGGUGCGGUUCAAGCGCAAGUGGGAGAUCUACGUGGUGACUAUGUUCCUGCCCAGUAUCAGUCUGGUGGUGUUGAGUUGGGUGUCCUUCUGCAUAGACAAGAAUGCAGUGCCGGCCAGAGCAGGCAUCACCAUCACCACCAUCCUCGCCCAGAUCACACUCAUCACUGGCACUGCCAACAAGUUUCCUGGAAUUGCUGAUUUGAAGAUAGGCGAUGUCUACAUGAUCGGAAACUUCUUUUUCGUCUUCGGCAGCCUCAUCGAGUUCGCCCUCGUCAACUCAGGACAGAGACGCAGAGUCAAAUCCCGCAAGAGAAAAGAGUCCAAAGUGGUCGUCAGAGGCGCAGCAGAGAAAAACAAAAACACGAAAAAUUAUUUUUCGUGUGAUAUGCAAACAAAUUGCGAUGACGAAGAACGAAUGAAUGGUGGCGAUAAUGACGAUGUUGAUGGCGAACGUCGCGGGGAUUCUCCGAGGACAAAACGGAGACGCUUCGUCUCCCAUCGGGCCAUCACUCAAGCCAAUAUCAAGUUGGAAAGGGGCUUCGAUUUUUGGGCUCUUAUUAUUUUUCCGACCACAUUUCUGCUCUGGCACGCUGGAUUUGCAGUUUACUGCGCACAUUAUAUGUCACAGUACUAGUUUGAACGAUUACCUUGAACUUAUUUGACCUGAGAAAUAAAAAAUAAAAUGUAUCUUUCAAAACUGACUGUAUAUUGAGAUGAACUAUAUUUAAUUAUUAAGUUCAUGAACUACCAGAGUUGGAGUUCAAAUUUGUUAACUAGUCAGCGGAA